AUGACAAAUGGUGUUGGCAAAAGUCCGCCUGAGCGCUUUUCACCAUCGCCCUGUCGAACACGGUUGGCAUUUAUCACGAAAUACGACGACACUGAUUGCCUGAAAGCACCGUGCAAAGUCUGACAGCACUGCAACGGAACUUCACCUCAGCGAACCUGGCAGGUGCCCGAGCGUACAAUAAUGCAAACACGGCGUAGCUCAGCAGCUGCAGCUACUACUCAUCAAAAAGCAGUGAAGUCGUCCUCUGUUGCAACAGCGACACCUACAACACCACGUAUGUUUGAAACUGCUUCUAGCUUUCGUGAGGCAAGCAGUAGUAGCUGGGGACCAGUGGCAGCCAAAAGAACGCAUCUGUCGUGCAUGGAUGGUAGCAUGACGAAUGGCGAUAUUACUGUUGCAGCUGACAACGUGGAUAACAGUGACCGUAUGUCACUUGCCGAUAACGAUGAAGCAUUCUCCGAUGAUGAAACAAACUUUCUGCGUUCGGCAGUUGUCGAACAGUCUCCUAAAAAGUUGGAUCCUGAUUUGGAGCAACAAUUCAAAAGUUAG